AUGGUCAUCAGGCACGCUGAGGCGGAGACGACAGGCCCUGCCCCGUGCCCCUCGCAUGACAACGUUUUGCCAGCACCCGUGCAGUCACGCUCUCAGGCAAUGGGCACCAGGCACGCUGAGGCGGAGGUGACAGGCCCUGCCCCGUGCCCCUCGCAUGACAACGUUUUGCCAGCAUCCGCGCAGUCACGCUCUCAGGCAAUGGGCACCAGGCACGCUGAGGCGGAGACGACAGGCCAUGCCCCGUGCCCAAUUCAUGUCAACAUUCUGCCAGCAUCCGCGCAGUCACGCUCUCAGGCAAUGGGAUGCCGGGGUUAUUAUAAUGAUGUAGGUAUUUGCUUGCUGAUUCGCCAGUCUGUGCUUGUCUUUGUCUGUUUGUCUUUCACUGUGCACGAGGUAACGCCAACCAUCCCAUGA